GACAGUCAAGUUGGUUUGAAACUUAAGCCAGGCUGUUAGAAUCUGUGACAGAAUCUGUGACAGCUGAUCUUUGUUUACUAUUCAUCAUCUCUAUAUAAACAUGUUUGUUCGAUUUUACAUAAUAUUGGAAUUAACCCAAAACAUUACGCCGAAGUAGGAGUUGUGGUUCUUUCUAAGAUGUCACGUGAUAUCUUUGUUGGAGUCCUGGUCAUUUUGUUCAUUGAACCAUCACAAGCAUGUAGGUACUUUAUGUAAGCAUGAUAACAGUAGAUUAUCAUGAACAUGUAAUUACUUUUUGUAAUCAUGAUGGCUGUAGAUUAUCAUGAACAAGUAAGUAUAAUCAUGAUGGCAGUAGAUUAUCAUAUGCAUGUAAGUAGGUCUACAUUAUGUUAUCAGGGUAGCAGCAGACUAUCACGAGCAUAAAAGUACUUCAUGUAAUCAUGAUGGCAGUAGAUUAUCACAACAUAUAAGUACUUUAAGGGUCGUUCGCUAAUUACGUCAAGCUAAAAAUGAAAUUUUUAGACUCCCCCCCUGUCACGAAGUGUAAAAAAUUCUUUACCCCCCUCCCAUCAGAGUCACGUCACACCUACAAAAAUUCAAAACAUACAUACAAUUUUCGUAACUAAACUAAUAUUUUAUUUUAUUCUUUAACAUUUUCACAUAAUGGAUUAAGAUGUAGUAUUAUUAGAAAACUGAGUUUCAUUUUACCUAUAAUAACCGAGGCAAUUUCGACCUCAAAUUAAUGUUUUUAAAAUUAAUUAAAUAAAGGUAUUUUCAAAAUUAUAAAAGUUAAAUUUUUUUUUUAAAUACGUGACUCACAAAUUUGUGACUUCCCCCCCCCCUCCCGCCUCCCCUCUGAGCGUUACGUAAUUUGCAAACGACCCCUUUUGUCAAAUGUUUUUAAAAUUAAUUAAAUAAAGGUAUUUUCAAAAUUAUAAAAGUUAAAUUUUUUUUUUAAAUACGUGACUCACAAAUUUGUGACUUCCCCCCCCCCCUCCCGCCUCCCCUCUGAGCGUUACGUAAUUUGCAAACGACCCCUUUUGUCAUUUUGAUUGGAGUAGGAGAUACUGUUGAGUUACCUCUAUAGUAGCCAAUUACAUACCAGCGGGGCACUGCAACUUAAGUCUUUCCUACUUCAGCUUCUUGUCUCGAUGUGAUUGGAGUAGAGUGCAAAGAUGCUGCUUUGAUUACCUGUUGUGAUGCAAAUCUAAAACCAAUACAUUUAGUAGGUCAUCCAAAAUUGGAGACAAAAAUGUGUUUCAAGGUCUUUUCUGAAAGUUAACAACAAAAAAAAAGAAUGAACCCUAUUCUAAUAGAGUUAGAGGAAUACAAUGUAUAUGUGAAUAACAUGUAUAUGUGAACAAAAUGUAUAUGUGAAUAAAAUGUAUAUGUGAAUUAGAAUAUAUAUGUGAAUAAAAUGUAUAUGUGAAUAAAAUGUAUAUGUGAAUACAAUGUAUAUGUGAAUAGAAUAUAUAUGUGAAUCAAAUGUAUGUGUGAAUAAAAUGUAUAUGUGAAUAAAUGUAUAUGUGAAUAGAAUGUAUAUGUGAAUAAAGUGAAUAUGUGAAUAAAAUGUAUAUGUGAAUAAAGUGUAUAUGUGAAUAAAAUGUAUAUGUGAAUAAAAUAUAAAUGUAAAUAAAAUGUAUAUGUGAAUAAAAUGUAUAAGUGAAAAGAAUGUAUAUGUGAAUUAAAUAUAUAUGUAAAUAGAAUGUGUAUGUGAAUAAAAUGUAUAUGUGAAUAAAAUGUAUAUGUGAAUAAAAUGUAUAUGUGAAUACAGUGUAUAUGUGAAUAGAAUGUAUAUGUGAAUAAAAUAUAUAUGUGAAUAAAGUGUAUAUGUGAAUAAAAUUUAUAUGUGAAUAAAAUGUAUAUGUGAAUACAGUUUCAUUGUUAUAAUCUGGUGCCAAAUCUUCCUUGUAUGUCUUCAGCACGUUCUUCAAAGUGUAUUCUGUGUAACGGUAUUUGAAAAGAAUCAGUACGGUGUUUUCAAGACAUUCUAAAAAUAACAAUCCAACCACUUCAUCUCGAAAAGAGCGUGUUAAAGUUGAUUUGUUUCCUUUUCACGUUCAACAUCAGAACAAUUAUUUUGUGUCCGUUAUGUAUAUUGCAUUAAUAUAAUUAAUAUUUAAAUUACUUGCCAGGCCUAGAUCUAGUAUUUUUACUUUGAUUUUUUUUUUUUUUAAAUAUUAAUUAUUAUUAUUUUUUUACUAAUAGUAUCAAUGAUGAUGCGUUUCCGUUUCCUUUAGAGUGUUUUCAUUCUAAUAUUCUUACACCUGGAAAUGGGGACGUUAUUGUGUACAUAACCGGGAUAAGUUGCGUAGCGAGGGUGUUUGGCGCCCGGGGACAAGAUUCGCGCCCGGGGACAAGAUCCAUUUUUAGCGCCCCUUUUUCUUUUUUUCAAAUCUCAAACCCAUUAUUUUCAUCAAUAAAAUAAUAUCAAAGCAUAUUUUGGCGCCCCUAAAUAGCUGGCGCCCGGGGACAUGUGUCCCCCCGUGCCCCCACCACGCUACGCCUCUGACCGGGAUAAACAUUUCUUGAACACCCCUGCGAGCCACGGACAGCUUGACAGCUCAAUAUCACCAAAGUGUUCCUAGCCUUAGUCCUGCGAGCCACGGACAGCUUAACAGCUCAAUAUCACCAAAGUGUUUCUAGCCUUAGUCCUGCGAGCCACGGACAGCUUAACAGCUCAAUAUCACCAAAGUGUUCCUAGCCUUAGUCCUGCGAGCCACGGACAGCUUAACAGCUCAAUAUCACCAAAGUGUUUCUAGCCUUAGUCCUGCGAGCCACGGACAGCUUAACAGCUCAAUAUCACCAAAGUGUUCCUAGCCUUAGUCCUGCGAGCCACGGACAGCUUAACAGCUCAAUAUCACCAGAGUGUUCCUAGCCUUAGUCUUAACCUUGACGUCUAGAAAACAAAACUCAUUGUACUCUACGUCACGACUUUGCCUCUAUCUAGACUCCACGGUCUUUGGCCCCAUCUCUACUUUAUGGACUUUGGCCCAAUCUCUACUUUAUGGACUUUGGCCCCAUCUCUACUUUAUGGACAUUUUUCCCCAUCUCUACUUUAUGGACUUUGGCUCUAUCUAUACGCCACGGUCUUUGAUUUCAUCUCUACUUUAUGGACUUUGGCUCCAUCUCUACUUUUGGACUUUGGCCCCAUCUCUACUUUAUGGACUUUGGUCCCAUCUCUACUUUAUGGACUUUGGUCCCAUCUCCACUUUAUGGAGUUUUGCUCCAUCUCUACUUUAUUGACUUUGGUCCCAUCUCUACUUUAUGGACAUUAACCCCAUCUCUACUUUAUAGACUUUGGCCCCAUCUCUACUUUAUGGACUUUGGCCCCAUCUCUACGUAUGGACUUUGGCCCCAUCUCUACGUAUGGACUUUGGCCCCAUCUCUACUUUAUUGACUUUGUCGCUAUCUAUACGCUACUGUCUUUGACUUUAUUUCUGCUUUAUUGACUUUGGCCCCAUCUCUACUUUAUGGACUUUGGACUCAUCUCUACUUUAUGGACUUUGGCCCCAUCUUUACUUUAUGGACUUUGGCCCCAUCUCUACAUUAUGAACUUUGGCUCUAUCUUUACGCCACGGUCUUUGAUUUCAUCUCUACUUUAUGGACUUUUGCCCAUCUCUACUUUAUGGACUUUGGCCCCAUCUCUACUUUAUGGACUUUGGCCCCAUCUCUACUUUAUGGACUUUGCCCCAAUCUAAGCAGAAUAAGAUUAUUAUUUAAAUGAUGCCCAAUAAAACUCCCAUAUAUUCUUUCCCUCGUAAUUUCUUCCUUAUCUGCAAUGACUUUAAAUUAAGCUGUUCAAAUGAAACGAUGGCCCAUCUCAUUAUUUCAGCACUGGAGGCCAUCGUGUGUAUCACACGCCCCUGUGUGGCCCCACCCCCAAACUGUUACUACGUGAAGGACGCCAACGGAUGUCCCAGCUGUAAGAUGGUGUGCAACAGGGCAGACUGCCCGGACUUGAACUGUACACAGCCGUGUUACAACGGCUACGUUAAAGGGAUUGAUGGGUGUAACACUUGCUACUGUCAGUAAGUCUGACCACAAUGGUUGUUGUUCUAAAUAUUCAACAAGCUGAUUGGACUGUAAUAAUAGUUUUUUAAGUUGAAAAAAUCUAUUUUCUUGUCAUUGAUUAGUCUUGUUUUUAAAAUAAAAACAUUUAUUAAUCUAUCACAAUAUUUUGAAAAAAUGAGGAAAUAUAUUUUCAAGUUAACUCCCGUACAUAGCAAAGUUCAGAACUAGUACAGACCUAGUACAGACCAAGCACAGAACUAUUACAGACCUAGUACAGACCAAGCACAUAACUAUUACAGACCUAGUACAGACCAAGCACAGAACUAUUACAGACCUAGUACAUAACUAGCACAAGAACUUUUAAUGAUUUAGAUCGUUCCUUCCACAGAAAGGGCUGCUACGAAAGAAUAUGCCCCGGUGGCAGAAUUUGCCCCAGCGGUUACCUCUCAGAUCGCCGGGGUUGUCCUACCUGUCAGUGCAAGCCCCAAGCUCUGAGCUGUCACCAGAAGAUGCUCUGUCCUGAAGGCGCCUGCCCCAACAGUUGUUCAUGCGAGCCACAUUGUUACGUUGAAAUUGAGAGUUUGCUAGGCGGCACGCCCUCUACAAUUGAACCACGCCCUUUCAAGGACGCCUUCAUAAAUCAAGAUUUAAUUUGAUGAUUUAAUUAGCGGCUCUAGGUUAAUGACCUGACCUUCAACCUGUCCGUGACUCUAUCAGGACCCUGUUACUGACUUAAAUCUGUCACUAAUUCUUACCUGCCACUAAUUCUUGCCUAUCCCUGUCUUUUACCAUGUCCCUCAUUAUGACACUUACUCAGACCCCGUCACUAAUCCUGAUCUUAUCACUAACACUGACCCUGUCACAGACUGUCCCUGUCACUGAAACUGACCCUGUCAGUAAUCCUGUCACUGACUCUUACAUCGUGGCAGAAGAAUGGUUAAAGUGUCAUGCACUGACAUGGGCCACAUUUACAUUAAAAAAUAGAAAUGACGUAAACAUUUCAACUGACCAAUGUACAAUAAUGUAUAUUUAAAUUCAAACCUCAUUAUCAAGUGUUUGUUUCAUAUUCAUGCAUUUCUAAAGUUGAGCAACUCAAAAAGUUGGAUGAUAUAUAAUAGUUGUUUUCAUUUUUAAUGAGAUAACGUGUUGGUCUGUACAAACACGUUUUCGAUCAUUUUAUUUCCUGACCCUACGAGAUAUUUUUAUGACGUCAUGUGUCUUUUAAUUUGACACUCUUCAGAUUCAAGACUUAAAUGAUUUCAAUGCGAUUGUAAUAAAAUUGUUACACAUGGCGCUUACGGAAUGGUGUGUCCACUCCAUCCAUGAACAGUUCAAGAAGAACCGGAUGGUAAUUGUGUCAUGUGAUGAGGAUAAUGGUGUCAUGUGAUGGGGUAAUGGUGUCAUGUGAUGGGGUAAUGGUGUCAUGUGAUGGGGUAAUGGUGUCAUGUGAUGGGGUAAUGGUGUCAUGUGAUGGGGUAAUGGUGUCAUGUGAUGGGGUAAUUGUGUCAUGUGAUGGGGUAAUUGUGUCAUGUGAUGGGGUAAUGGUGUCAUGUGAUGGGGUAAUGGUGUCAUGUGAUGGGGAUAAUGGUGUCAUGUGACUGGGUAAUGGUGUCAUGUGAUGGGGUAAUGGUGUCAUGUGAUGGUGUAAUGGUAUCAAAUGAUCGGGAUAAUGGUGUUAUGUGAUGGAGUAAUGGUGUCAUGUGAUGGGGUAAUGGUAUCAUGUGAUGGGAUAAUGGUUUCAUGUGAUGGGGUAAUGGUGUCAUGUGAUGGGGUAAUGGUGUCAUGUGACUGGGUAAUGGUGUCAUGUGAUGGGGUAAUGGUGUCAUGUGAUAGUGUAAUGGUAUCACAUGAUCGGGAUAAUGGUGUCAAGUGCUUUGGGAAUACGAUGACAAGUGAUUGAUUUUGGUGUCAAAUGAUUGCGAUAAUGUCGUCAUGGGAUUGGCGAUAAUGUCGUCAUGGGAUUGGCGAUAAUGUUGUAAAGUGAUUUGGUAUUACGAUGGCAAGUUAUUUAUACUAAUGUCCUGUGAUUGGGAAUAAUGGUGUGAAGUGAUGAGGGAUAAUGGUGUGAAGUGAUGAGGGAUAAUGGUGUGUUGAGGACUCAUAUUUUAUGUUGAGUGCAAUUAUGACACAUUUAAAUGGUUCAUGAUUUCAGUUGUGAACACAAUACAAAAAAUAAACCAUAAAAACCAAUUUGUUACGGGCAGGACCAGCCAUUGUUACGGGUAACGUCCUGUUUAUGAGUUGAUAUUAGCAUCCUUAAAAUAUUAUUAUUAUUCUGGCAGCUGAUUAGGGAUACCAUUAUUACUUGAAAGUC